AUGAAAACCUGUGCUCGAGUCCCGAGCUCUUUGUACGCGCGCCUCGCCCUCGCGCGCGUCGAGAGGCGGGAAUCCAGAACGACUCGAUCUCACAUCAUCGCGGGCGGCGCCCCGAAGGCGCGGAAGAGCCACAGGAAGGUGGAUGGGAACGGUGGGAAAGAUUGGCGGGACGUCGCGCACCAACCAGACGACAACGCGCACGAGAGUCAUCGAAUCCCGGAUGAUGUAGUGAUCCCAGAGCCAGACGAGCGAAGGAAGAAGAAACCCGUGGCGCUGUUAUUGGCGUACGUCGGCGCGGGGUACAAGGGGAACACGCAUAACGCGCAGGCGGUGCGAGGGACGACGGUGGACGACGUGGUCGAAGACGCGCUGUUUCGAUGGGGUGGGAUUUUAUUGCCGAAUUAUCGAAGCAAAGGUUUGCAACGAUUGAAGUGGAGUCGGAGCAGCCGGACCGAUAAGGGUGUGAGUUCGCUCUGUACCGUGGUGAGCCUGAGGGCGGAGAUUGAUCCGGAGGUUUGGACGACGGACGUGGAGGCGCGCGCGACGGCGCGAGACAUCACGAAGCACUUACCGGAUGAUGUCGAGUGCUUCGCCGUGUACAACACGCCCAAGUCGUUUCAGGCGCGACGAGAGUGCGUGAUGCGAACGUACGAGUACUUGCUCCCGGCGCGGGUUUUGGGUUUGGACGGUGACGCGAUGGACGAGAGCGGUCGGCGGCGCUUGGCGCUCUUCAACGAGGCGCUCUCGUGCUUCAUCGGAUCGCACCCGUUUCACAACUACACCAAGCGAUCGCAGUACACGGCCAAGGCGAGGAAGGAUUUCAGACCGCGGCUUCGCGAUUCAAGAGGGAACGCGGCCUGGCGUGGGCAAGACGGCGCAGUGAUGGACGACGGCUCCGAGGAUGCGUCCGAAGAGGCCGACGACGAGAGCGAGGAAGCGCGGCCGACGACGACGGCGACGGACGACGGGCGUCCGUUCCCCGAGCACGUGGGCGAUCGAGAGAAACACACGUACUGGUUGCUCGAAUCCGAUUGGACGGACAAAAUCACGCAGUCACACUUUCGGAGGAUUCAUAACUUUAGCGCCGGCUCGGAGGUCGAGCGGAUGACAAUUACAAACGAGGACGGAUCGACAACCCAAAGCGAGCCGUUCGUUCGCGUCUCCGUCCGAGGUGAAUCGUUCAUGCUGUACCAAAUUCGUAAGAUGAUCGCGAGCGCGGUGGCUGUGAGUCUCGGUCACUGUCCGCUCGAGUUUUUACCCGCGUCGCUGGCGAGACCGUGUCGAGCCGCGAUGCCGCUCGCCCCGGCGUCGACGCUGUAUCUAUACGACGUCGAGUUCAUGAAUUUCAGGGUAAACACCGAGUCGAGCGUCGAACCACCGAAUCGGUUGACCAAACUCGAGCCCUCGGAAGCGGUGCGCGAAGAUCUCGCGCGAUUCAGACGCGACAAGCUCGAACCGGCGCUCGCGCCCGCGUUGGCGUCCGACGAGUGGGACGCCUUCAGGGACAACCUCAGGUUCUGUAACGUCACCCCGGAGAUCUCCGAGGUCAUCGUCGCCGCGUUCGAGACGUACAAGGCGAACAGACCGAUCCGAGACGCGGAUGAGAAGACCACGGACGGCGUCACCGUGUAA